GGUGUUGCAAAAGAGGCAGUUUCAACCGUAGAACAUACCUUGAAAUGAACCGUGUAUAAAAGGCACGGAGGCAGGUUUAAUAGGAUUCAUACACGGCUGUCUUUCUCCGAGGGGGGCAGGGGAAGGCUACGGGGGUCGCGCAGCUUGUCUGACCACCACUUGUUCGACGAAAUGCCCCUGUGAAUCUGUGACCCUGGCCCCAUGGCAGAGGUGUCUGGGUCUCGCAGGCCGCGUAUGGCCCCAGCGAGCGUUCCCGGCGCGGCGUGCAGGAUCAACACCCUCCCCCGCGACCUCCUCCUCCGUGCCAUCUCCCACCUCAAUGCCCGCGAGCUCGUGCAGACCUGCGUGUUGUCGCGGCAGUGGCGCCACCUCUGGCGUUCCGUGCCCCGCAUCAAUGCCACCAUCGACGAGUUCGACGAUUUCGAUGGCAUCUACAAUUUCUACGACAUGGCUGACAGGGCAAAGGAGUGCAGCGCGCUGUUCAAGAAGUUUGUCAACCGUUUCUUGAUGCUCCGUAACCCUGUUCCCUUGGACGAGUUCCGGCUCACGUACUACAAUCCUGAUGGUUCAAUGAAUAGGAGUGCCGAUUCGGAAGAAGCUAACCUAUGGAUCCGCCAUGCUUUACUUUGCAAUGCUCGGUCUGUCGAGGUUACGAUACAGUACUAUAGCUUGCUGCUCGAUCCUGCGGUGUUUACUUCAGAGUGCUUCUUGACAAGACUGCUGCUUUCCAGUGUUCUUUUACCCCCUGGUUUUUUUAGGCAACUCCAAACGGGCUGCAAAGCAUUGGAACGUCUCAUAUUACGUGACUGUGACAUUGAUGACGUUGAGAUCUCGUCUGAGACGCUGAAGGUUUUGACCAUUGAUGAUACUUGUUGCAUCACAUUUGAAGAGCAGGCCUCUAUUUCAAUCCCAAGCCUAUUGUAUCUUGGCUUCUUUCCUGACGCAAGAAUACCUUUACUGAAGAACAUGGAAUCACUGGAGACAGCAUGCGUUUCAGAUGAUACUCAGGUUGAUGAUAUCUACAAGAGCCUUUCUGGGGUUACAGAUUUGGAUAUCAAUUAUGAAGAAAGAAAGCUGAAGAUGGAAAGGAAAUUACGGUGGUGCCCAAAAUUGAACAAUCUCACAACCCUAACAUUCAGUAGUGGUGUCUGCAUCCACAUUUGUAUCCAUUGAUAGUCUUCCUUCAGAACUCACCUAAUCUAGAGGAGCUAACUCUGGAACUCAGACAGACUUGUUAUACACAUCAAAGAUUCAUUGGCGACCUAGAAGAAAGAUCAUUCACUUGUGAGCACCUUUAGACUGUUGAAACUGUUUGCUGGGAGACUUGGGAGGAUGAUCCUGUGCUGAACAGCCUGGAGAAGUUUUUGCUUGACAAUGGCAUAACCUCUGAUCAGAUUGAGAUAUACUGGAUCUAGCCCAUAUUGUGUUCGUAUCAAUCACUGGAACAUGUUGCUGGAUUAUUCGCUCAUUUGUGGACAUGGGAACAUAUGCAUGUUUAGUUUUCUAUGUCAUGCCGAGUAGAAAACAUCUCUGUUUCACCCCAUCUUCGUUUCGGUUUGGAUGGAUGCAUGUUCUGACAAAAUGGAUGACUUGUCUGCCGUAUGUAUGUUAACACUCUGUUACCAACACACAUCUACUGGAGCAGCAAUAGAUUUGAUGUGUUGGAUCAUGCUGACACGAUCAAUUAUAGAAAGACACGGCAGCGUCCUUUCCAAAAUGUGUUGCAUAUUUUUUUUUCUAUAAUCUCAGAAGACCACAUAUAUAGCAAGAGUGAGUACAAUAUAUGUUUCAAGAUGUUCUUUUCAAUGGUGCUAGGAACAUAUCUAUAUCAUUGCUAGGAUGUUUUGGGCAUUAGCUGUAAUGUAUUACAAUGAGCUCUUAAUAUAAGCUGACUGUAAUAAGUUAUUAUUAUAGUCGGUUCUUAGCUAGACGAACGAUUUUAGUCUGUAUGAGCUAUAGAACAGACUGUAGUAGCUUUACUAUCGUCAGUUUUAAAAAUCCGACUGUAAUCCGCCUUUGAAAA